GCACUCCGCCAGGUACACAACUCACGCAUUCGCUCGCUCGUACGCACUCACUGCACCGGCACUCACUAAAUUGCAACCAAUCGACCAAGUGAAGAAGACACAAUGCGGAUGUUAUGUGCAAUCUGUGGAUUAUUCCUGGCCAUCACUAUUGUCACUUGCAAUCCUGUUGAUAAGAAAGAAGCGGAAGAGGAUCUCAAUCCGCUGAACGAAGUCUACGUAAUCGAAGCUGAUGAUGUGGCCGAUGAAGAAAGAGGCGAUAGGGACAAGAGAAAGAUUGGCGUUAAGCUUGGAGUAUCGAACGGCAUCAUUAACUUUGUGUUUGACAAAGUGGAUUCCUUCAUAGAUUCAAAAACGAAAGCGCUCGCAGUUCUCGAUGAAUCCAACAAAGAGAAAAACGCUGUUUUCGGAAUUGACAACAAACAUUCUGCUACGUCAGAGUUCCUCAACAAAUUAGUGUCUCAAAAACUUCAGGCUGCAACUGGUAGCAUUGGGCCCCUUAUAAAUAGCGCAACGACAUUCUUCUCAGGUGCCUCGGCCGGCAUCUCGAAGGCUCUGAUCUCAAAAAUCGCGCCAUUAAGCUCGCUUUCUGGCGGUCUUUCCGGUGGUUCUGGUGGAACUGAUGCAGGACAUGCAGACGGUGGCGCAGGUGCUUCCGGAUCGGCCAUCCUUGGCAAUCUCUUGACUCAAAAGAUCGGUUCUUUGUCGAGCCUGAGUCAAGGUAGUGGCGGUUUAGGCAGUUUAAGUGGCGGUUUAAGUGGUGGUAGCAGUGGUAACGGUGGCAGCUCCGGAAGCGACUCUCAUAGCGGAAGCAAUGGCAGUCCGACCGCUGGCGCUGGGAUCAAUCUCGGAGCCUUCGCCAAUCUGGCAGGGCUGGGCUGAUAAUUGGCAGAACCUCCUUUCUCUCUUCAGAAGCCCUUCUCUUUCAUAAAAAGAGUCCGUAUUUAAAGAAUCCAAAUAAAAAAUUAAGGAAAGAGAGUAAAACGAAAUUCUCUAGGAAACUCUUCUCCUGAUGAAUCAACACUUCCGGCCGAAUCGUGUGGACUGCGCUAUGUCUAAUAUAAAUUAUAGAAGAACUAGCGGCGUCAAUCGAUUUGCCACCGUGAAAGUUGUAAAUAAUUUAAGAAUAGCCUUUAAGGACGCGAUAAACUCGUAUUCGAAGACUAUUAGCUAUGUCUAAGCGAUGUAAAUAGUACAUUCAAAUGCUCCAUGAUACGUGAAGAAAGAUAUAAAAGAUGGUGAUGA